CCUCAGACUUCACAGAUCAUAUCUGCUCUCGCGCCAGAGAGUGUGAGUCUUGAGCCCUCAUUGCAUUCCAAGUCUCUCGUUUGAACACUGCCAAGAGUAAACCGGGUUCGAUCGAGCAUUCGAUAUAAAUGUAGGCUAAGGCGGUGUUGUCAUGCGAUUUGUUGAAUGGGUCGCUCUUUCCUAGACUUUCGCGAGCAUGUUGUUGUUUGCCGUAUUGCUUCUUGCCUCGUGCACCUUUGCCCAGUCCAUCAUUUCCCCACCCCAAAACAGCAGCUCGAACACCUGUGUCAAACGCAGUGUGCUCGUCUACACCUCAGACUCCUCUACAUACUUCGUUACAGACAUUGGGACGACGUCUCUUUUAUCCAGCCCGACUUACUGCCCAAAUGUCUCGGUAUCCACGUUGACCUCAACAGUCUUUGGGUCUACCAUAGUCGAAUCGGCUCCUACAGUCACCAUAUAUCAGCCGCCGUCCACUGUCUCUGGCUCGGAUCGGACCAUAGUCGCGACACAAUCAGCUUCAACCAUAACUAUCUACCAGCAAGCAACAUCUGCUCAGCCAUCCGAUGGAUCUCAACCGACCGGCAACGCCAUGGUAUCGGACAACAGCUUCGAGAAUGGUACAUCCAGUCCCUUCAAUACUUCUGCUUCGGUCCCAUCCAUAUGGGCAGAGGUUGUGCAGAGUGGCCCCUAUCAGCCUCGAAGUGGAGAUAGCUAUCUGUGUGUUCAGCUGCUUGUGCCCCAGUUCUAGAUUCCAGCUAACAUAGAUUCCAGUCUCAUCACGUUCAACGACACUGCUUUGCCGCAGAGACUCCGUCGCCAAUCCACUGGCCCAUCCGGUCUUCUUCACUACAAUGUGACGCAGCUUUUCACUGCAUCGGCAGGUACUGCAUACAGGUUGAGCGCCUGGGCUGCUGAGGUUCCAAACGGCAAUGGUGAUCCGCAAUGCUCUAUCGUCAUUUGCGGAGAUGGAGAUUGCAGCUCGUCUUUCGAUCUGACAUCAAGCUAUAGCGAGUACUCGUUC